AUGGAGAAGUUUAAUGUUGCUAGAGUCUUAUUGUUGCUUCUUCAACUUGGAACUUUGUUCAUUGCCCAUGCAUGUCCUUAUUGUCCAUAUCCUCCUUCCACCCCAAAACACCCAAAAUUGCCUCCUAAGGUAAAACCACCUUCUACACAACCUCCACAUGUAAAGCCACCUUCUACCCCUAAACACCCUAAAGAUCCUCCACAUGUGAAACCACCUUCUACCCCUAAACACCCUAAACAACCACCAUAUGUGAAACCACCUACUACCCCUAAACACCCUAAAUACCCUCCACAUGUUAAACCACCUUCUACCCCUAAACACCCACAAAAACCAUGCCCUCCUCCAUCUCAUCAUGGCCCUAAGCCACCAAUUGUAAAACCUCCACAUGUACCAAGACCUCCUAUAGUGCAUCCUCCUCCCAUUGUCUCUCCACCCUCCACCCCUAAACCACCAACAACACCACCAUUCACUCCAAAACCACCAUCACCAACACCACCUAUUGUUUCACCCCCUAUUGUUUAUCCACCAAUCACUCCAACACCACCUAUUGUCCAUCCACCAGUCACUCCAAAACCACCAUCACCAACACCCCCUAUUGUUUCACCCCCUAUUGUUUAUCCACCAAUCACUCCAACACCACCUAUUGUCCAUCCACCAAUCACUCCAAAACCACCAUCACCAACACCACCUAUUGUUUCACCCCCUAUUGUUUAUCCACCAAUCACUCCAACACCACCUAUUGUCCAUCCACCAGUCACUCCAAAACCACCAUCACCAACACCCCCUAUUGUUUCACCCCCUAUUGUUUAUCCACCAAUCACUCCAACACCACCUAUUGUCCAUCCACCAAUCACUCCAAAACCACCAUCACCAACACCACCUAUUGUUUCACCCCCUAUUGUUUAUCCACCAAUCACUCCAACACCACCUAUUGUCCAUCCACCAAUCACUCCAAAACCACCAUCACCAACACCACCUAUUGUUUCACCCCCUAUUGUUUAUCCACCAAUCACACCAACACCACCUAUUGUGUCACCUCCAAUCAUUCCAACACCACCUAUUGUUUCUCCACCUUUUGUCCCCAAUCCUCCGGUGGUAAUACCACCACCCUACGUGCCAAGUCCUCCGGUUGUUACUCCACCCAUAGUUCCAACACCCCCUACACCAUGCCCACCGCCACCACCAGCACAACCAACUUGUCCCAUUGAUGCUCUCAAGCUAGGUGCUUGUGUGGACGUGUUAGGAGGACUAAUCCACAUUGGAAUCGGUGGAAGUGCCAAGCAAACAUGUUGUCCACUUCUAGGAGGACUUGUAGACUUGGAUGCAGCCAUUUGUCUUUGCACAACCAUUAGACUCAAACUCUUAAACAUAAACAUCAUUCUUCCCAUUGCUCUACAAGUUCUUAUUGAUGACUGUGGCAAGUAUCCACCCAAAGACUUCAAGUGUCCUUCAACCUAAAUCAAGGAUAUUAAACAGGACAUUUGAUUGAUUCUGCCGCACUGUCAUAGUUGAAGGCACAUUAAAUGUGUGAAAGUGCAAUUUCCAUUUAUCAUGGCAAUAAAUUGAGAAAAAAGGGAGGGAUAUUAAUUAAGCUUUGAUUUGACGUGUUUAAUUAGCUUUUGAUUAAUGUACUGAAUGUUGUAUUUUCAUUAUUGUUUUAGGGAAAUACUAAUGGUGUUUAAUAUAGUGGAGUAUUCCUGAUUUGAUUGUAUGAAGUAUGUAUGAACAUGAAUGAAUGAGGAAAGAAUCACGUAAUUUAUCAUGUGUUUCUCUCACGAUUUAUAUUA